AACAAUCAGUAUCUUUAAAAUCUAUCAAUCUUAAGCUCAGAGUUAAUGAGCCUGUGAGUUUCUCAGUAUCCUUAAAGGCUGCAGAGAACUUUCCUCUUGAUCUUUAUAUGUUAAUGGAUUUGUCUGAAACAUUGUAUACGGAAAGUCUGACCCAAGAUUAUCCCAGUAUAGAACAAGUCAGACAAGCUUUAGAAGAUGCCAACCUUGUUCCUGUAUUUGCAGUAGCAGCUUCCUCUAACUCAUCAGAAAAAAUUCUAAAGUUUUUACCAACAAUACAAUCA